AUGAAGUUCAUGAUGGAGAUGAUGGUCCCAUCAGAGCCACAGAGGAGCAGGAAGCAGGGGAGGGUUCAGGGUGUGUGUGUGCUGCUGCUGUCUGCACUGGCUGCUUCUGCAGAUAAAGUUUUGAUCCUGGAGAUCCCUCCACAUCCUGUGCCAACAGGAAGUGAUGUCACUCUGCGUUGCAGGCUGAGGAACGGUGACAUAAUUGCAGCUUUUUUCUUCUUUGGUGGAAGUCGUGUUGGAUCUGGACCUAAAUCAGAGCUCAUCAUCACUAACAUCCAGCAGACUGAUGAAGGUCUCUACUCAUGUUCUACUGAUAUGUUUGGAUCCUCUCCUCAAAGAUUCCUGAAGGUCAAAGUUUCCCAGGAUGGGUCUGAGGUGGAGGUGUAUGAGGGGGUGGAGUCUGUCCUGCUGCCCUGUCAGGUAUCAAUUCCUCAAGGUGAAGACAUGAAAGUGAUGUGGAAGCACAGAGAGUUCAAGAUCUUAGUCCACAUGCAUGGAUCAGAUGUGGAUGAUCUUAGAAACCAAAGCCAGCGUUACGCUAACAGAACAUCAAUGAGAGCUGACGCUCUGCAGACUGGAGACCUCAGCCUCACUCUGAGGAACCCUACAGUCUCUGACAGUGGAACCUACACCUGCAUCCUCCAGAGAGACGGACGAGAAGAGAGCCAGGGAGAAGUACAUCUGAAGGUCAAAGCCUCCUCUGUGUCUCUACGUCGACUCUUCUGCCAUCUAGUGGUCUUCUGUCCGUACUGCAUCUCCACUGGUCUGCUGCUGUCCAUCUGCUAUAACAAGAAGACCCCAAACAGACCAGCUGCCUCCAUGGAGGUGACACAGCAACAUGAAGAAGCUCAGGCACUGGCUGAAGAGUGUGAUGAUGUCACUGCUGAUGUCACCACUGAGCAUGCCUUCUGAGCUGCAGACUGUUUGUGUUGAAGCUGUGAAGUUGUAUUUGGUGUGAUGAUGGAUGUUCCUGUGUGUUCCUGGAUUCAUGUGUUCAUCACUUUAAUGCUGCAGCUGCUGAAGGUGGAGCUCCUUCAAUGACUCCACCCUCUGCUGGCUGUGUGACCAAUCAAACCUCUCAAAGGGCUUUCCUGAUUGUUGUAGUUAUUAGCUGAGCUCACCUGUGCUAGCUUGA